CCUCGCUGUAUUAAAAAUAUUCAGACUAAUAACGAAAUCACAGUCGGUAGGUCGAUUUUGGAGCACCAUGAAUAAAAAAUAUACAGCUUUGUUGCUUGCCUUUUUGGUAGCUGCGGCUGAUGCCAACUCUAUCAACCUGAAGAGUCAACCAACAUCGAAGCUGUUGGAAGCUAGCCGCGAUUGGGGUGAUCUUGGUCAAUCAGCAACUGUCAACGAAUAUGUGGACAAUACUAUUGACAUGAUCAUCCCCCUCAUCGUAAAGCAUGGCCUCGAUCCUAUGGACUUGCCCGAAGUCGUCGAGGGUUUUGAAGUUAGACCCUUGCUGAUUACAUACAGCGCAUGGCUGAAGAUCUACGAUGGUUACAUGACUGGACUAGUCAACGUGUCCCGCUCCGGCGAUCAGGAAGUUCACUACUUCGCCAAAAUGCUGCGUCUGCGCAUCAAGCUGCAGUUUAGAGACCUUGAGUUCAUCUACAAGUACUUGGUGCAAGCUAUGAACAUUGGACCCACUGGUGGUAUCAUUGCCAGCCUCAACCGCUUUGUGGUCAUUGUUGACAUACUUCUGGACUUCAAUAAUGACGAAAUUCAUCUACAACAGUUCAAACUUACUGACAUUGGCCGUCUUCGUGUUCGUUUCACUGGCAACAUCCUGACUGACUGGCUGCUCAACCCCGUACUCAACGUCUUCCUCAGAAUCUUCGAUACUAUCAUCAUCAAGGUUGUCGAGAUCAACAUUCGUAACGCAGUACAAAACGAAAUCGAUUCUAUUAACGCUAGCGUUAAAGAGGUUGUUAGAGAUCUUGAAGCAAUGAACCACUAAAACUCAUUGGCGAAUUCGCAUUCAAAAUGUUGAAAUGUACCUAACUGUCGUAUUCUACUAAGAUAACAAUAACAAUGUACCUAAUUAAAUAAAUAUUAAAUGAUUUAUACUUUGAAAUAA